UUUUUUUGGCACUUUUUUAUCAUACAGGUUCAUAGCCAAGAACAUUAUGAGGCUGCAGCGUCUGGGGAUAACCCAUGUUCUGAAUGCAGCAGAAGGGAAGUCGUUCAUGCAUGUGAACACUAAUGCAGAGUUCUAUGAAGGCACAGGCAUCAGAUACCAUGGCAUUAAAGCUAAUGAUACACAAGAAUUUAACCUCAGUCGCUAUUUUGAGGAGGCAGCUGAUUUUAUUGAGAAAGCACUUGCCCAGAAGGAUGGACAAGUGUUUGUGCAUUGCCGUGAGGGCUACAGCCGUUCUCCUACACUGGUCAUCGCCUACCUCAUGCUUCGCCAGAAUAUGGAUGUCAAGACUGCAUUGAGCACUGUUCGGCAGAGGCGAGAGAUUGGCCCCAAUGAUGGCUUUUUAAGGCAGCUUUGCCAGCUCAAUGAGCGAUUAGUGAAGGAGGGCAAACUGAAGCCCUAGAAUAGAGCACCAUACUAUUUUUUGAAGUUUCUCAAACCAUCAGAGGAUGUCUUAAGUGCUUUAGAUUCCCAAACCCCAACCACGAAGCCAAAUCACAUAAUGUGAGACAGAAUUCCUGCUCUUGUCUAGUGAAGGUAUCUUUCUCAAACUCUAUGUCUGUCUUUCAAGAUGGCGCAAAAUUUUGUCACUAUUCGGAGCUGUUGCAAUAAAGAGGUUUUUUUAGAGGGGUAACUGCGGUGAUAACAGCUGUCUU